GGCGCUGGCCGCACUUCCCGUCGAGGAGAGAGUGUAAUAUGGCGAAGACCUACGAUUACCUGUUCAAGCUGCUGCUGAUCGGGGACUCGGGGGUGGGGAAGACCUGUGUCCUGUUCCGCUUCUCCGAGGACGCCUUCAACUCCACUUUCAUCUCCACCAUAGGAAUUGACUUUAAAAUUAGGACCAUAGAACUCGAUGGCAAAAGAAUUAAACUACAGAUAUGGGACACGGCUGGCCAGGAGCGGUUUCGGACCAUCACCACGGCCUACUACAGGGGUGCAAUGGGUAUCAUGCUGGUUUACGACAUCACCAACGAGAAGUCCUUCGACAACAUCCGGAACUGGAUUCGGAACAUUGAGGAGCACGCCUCCGCAGACGUGGAAAAGAUGAUCUUGGGGAACAAGUGCGACGUGAACGACAAGCGACAAGUUUCCAAGGAGCGGGGAGAAAAGCUGGCCCUCGAUUAUGGGAUCAAGUUCAUGGAGACCAGUGCAAAGGCCAACAUCAACGUGGAGAACGCCUUCUUCACGCUCGCCAGAGACAUCAAAGCAAAAAUGGACAAAAAAUUGGAGGGCAGCAGCCCCCAGGGCAGCAGCCAGGGAGUGCGCAUCACCUCGGACCAGCAGAAGAGGAGCAGCUUCUUCCGCUGCGUCCUCCUGUGAGGACCACCUCGCUCUGAGCCUCGCUCAGCCCAGCUGACUGUGCCUGCUUCGAGUGAGCCCCUCGCUCGCUCGCUCGCCCACCCACUCGGCCACCAGAAUGCCAUUGAGAAAUCGUUUCUAUUUUAGUAACUGUCUAGAAUCCUUGUCCACUUCGGAGAUGGAAGAAGUUAAGAAUUGGCUCUUUUUUCCUGGGACGUCCGCUGAAGAGGCCCGUGCAGAAAUCGCGUACCCAGAGAGAGAGAGAGAGAGAGAGAGAGGGGUGGAGCCGAGGUGCGGGGGUCCACAGCCGCCCACGCCCGCCCGGGGCCUCUGAUUCCGGGGCCGCAGCGCCAGCUCCCCGCCCCCCCUCCCUGGAAGCAAGGCCGCCGCCGCCCGCCCCCCACCCCCAAAGGCCAGCCGGGGGUUCCGGGGUGCUGGGCUCCAGUGAGGGAGGCAGCCGCCGCCAGGCCCGAGCACCUGGCACCCCGCUUGGCAAGCCUCUUCUCUCAGUUUGGGACAAGUGACAAAAGCCAUCCCCGCCCCCGCCCCCCUGCCUUCUUGUUAACUGUUAAACCAAAGGGAAGCACAAAGUAAGGGAACCCCGCGUGCACUGGGAGGGAGCCGCCCGCGGGGCGGGGCGCCCAGGGGCCGCAGGUGACCCCGAGCCACGCCCCUGCCCGGUGCGGCCCCGCCCUCCUCCUCCUGCCGCCAGCUCCACGCUGGACAUUUCUUUCUCCAGCGGAGGUUUUUUUUCCUUUCUUCUUUUGUCUUUUUCCAGAUUCGUAGUGCCAUGAACUGAUUUUCCGUCUUUUUGAUUUCUAGCGGCAAACCCCUGGUGACCCUGGGAACCAGCGGGAAACCCCACCCCCCUCCCGCUGGACCCUGGACACGGCCUUGAGCGAGGGUGACGCCUUCUGCGGGGGCGGGGGAGGGGGCGAGACCCCGUGCAUUCCACGGCGCCAGCCCUGGCCCAGGCCGGGACGGGACAGGGGACUGGGGGGGGGGGCAGUUUGCUGUCCCCGACACAGACUGCCUGGGACCAGGUGACCUGGCCGGAGGGGCACCACCAUUCCUCCCAAGCUGCUGUCGAUCCAAACCGUUGGCAUCAUAGAUUUUUUUUUUCUUUUCUUUUCUUUUUUCAAAUUAAAACCAACAAACCAGCGAUAGUCUGCCGCCCCCUGGAAUCUCUAAUAUACUCUGUUUACAUCGAUAAAUGCACUUAAGGAAACAAAUUAAAGCUCAUUUGAAAGUUCGCA